UCAGAGGGUUUAACGGCCUAGGUUUUUUAGAAAAAUCUUGAAGAUGGAGAAGCAGUUUAUUGGUCUUAAAGUUGAAGUAAUACUUCGUAAUAAUACUAUUGUCCAAGGUAAAAUGACGAAUAUUGAUGCGGUAGAUCGUUGUCUUUUUCUUAAGAAUGUAUAUUGCAAGACUACAGGGAAAUUUGUACCUGAAAUGAAGAUAGAAGGGAUUGAUAUUAAAGAUUUGAAUUUUAUAUCAUCAUUUGAAGUCAAAAAAAAGAAAUCAUUUGCGUCUAUUGAUCCAGCAAUUAUUUCAAUAUCAGAUGAUUUAUCUAAUAUGACAACUAAGGAAUCAUCAAAAAAGUCGAAAAAAGAUACAGCAUUAGCAUCUCUUUCUUCACGUUUACAUAAAAAUACCAAGGAUUAUGAGUUUUGCAAUUAUAGACCCAAAGAUUCAUCAAAUGUUCAUGCCUAUAGUAUGAAAAAUAUACAUAAAAGAAAUAGGUCGUAUAUGAAUCAUUUACAGAAAGAAAGUCUUCAAUUCAAGCAUACGAAUCAUGACGAUUGGAUUAAUGAGGAUGUUAAUAGAUAUCGUGAUGAAGAAUUUGAUUUUCAAGGAAAUCUUGGAAGAUUUGAUAAGCAUAAAGUAUUUUCAGAGAUUCGUAAGUCAAAUAUGAUAUCAUCGACUUCAUUAUCAGCAUCAAGUAACUGUUUAUCCAAAACGGAGUUAUCUAGUGAUGUAGCAGCUACUAAUUUAGUUAUGAGUAAAAAAAGAGCCUCUUUAAAUGAGAAUAAUCGUUUUUUAAAAAUGAAUGGCAAUGAGAAUACACCAAGCACAGAUUUCCAUUCUUCUACUCAUUUGUCAUCCGAUAGUUAUGAUGAGGAAGAGGUUUAUCAACAAAAAUUGAAGAAUCAGCAUUCCAACAAUCAGCAAACUUUGUCUAAUCUUGAUAAAAUUAGUAGGAAAAAUAAGAAAAUACGAAAUACAAAGAAUAAUUUGGAAUGUCCCUGUAUAAAGUCGUCUAAGAUGAUUGAAGCAGAAUAUAUUUCAACUUUUAACAUUGGUGUUUCAAAUGAUGCUAUAGUGGAAAAUGCAGCAAGAGGAAUAUCGUUUUUAGUUGUUCAGCUUCUUGAUGAUUUUUUAAGAUUUAGUCAAAAAAAAAGCAUUUCUUCUUCUGUUAUAAUUCUAGCUGGCAAUAAUCAGACAGGUUUAUAUGCAAUUGCAUCUGGAAGACAAUUGUGUAACCAUGGAGUAAACGUAAUGAUUGUUGUUAUUGAGGAAAAUCCAAGCAAGCGUAUAUUAUUUUAUUUGAAAGGAUUUUCUAAUGCUGGAGGAAAAAUUGUUUCUUCUGAAGAGUUAUUUAGAGCAAUUAAAUCUUUUUCAGUUUUUCCUGGAUUAAUUAUUGAUGCUAUUUUUGGUUGUCAUUGUUCAUUUAAUGAUAUCAUGGAUGAUAGUCUUCGUGAUAGAAUCUGCUCCCUUAUCGAUUGGGCAAAUCAAUAUCAAUCUGAUAUUUUAUCUCUCGAUUUACCUUCUGGUUUAGAUAUUACUACUGGUGCUCCUCUUGCUUCUCCUCAUUUUAUUCAAUCAAAAUGGAUCUUAUCUCUUGGUCUCCCUAAAAUAGGGCUUCUUUUUGCUCUUAAAUCAAAAUCUGUCCCAAAAGAAUUGUUUUUAGCUGAUAUAGGAAUUCCUCAAAAAGUAUGGAAAAAGGUUGGUAUUGGAAAACGUGCUAAAUCACUAUGGGCUGGUCAAGAUUGGGUUAUAAAACUUGACUUUUCAUAAUAAAAAACAUAAACUUUCUUUAAAUUUUUAUUUUUAUUUUUUAU